CUGAUUUUAAAACAAGAAGGGUUUAGGGACAAAAGAUAAUGGCAUAAAAAUUGCUGUGGCGCACUAACCAAGGUUCAAUCCCCGUUAUGCCGGCCGCGUACUGCCACGGAAAAGAAUCACCGAUUAUAAUAGGAGAAAAGAUCAAAGUUCCACUUCAAUCGAUUUGAUCCCUCCGCCAUAGCUGUGGAGCAUUCUGCAAACCUAUAAAAGGUAGCGAGAAAUGCUUCGGCUCAGUCUUCAUCGGAUCACUCUCCCUCGCCCUACUACUCUCUUCAAUUUCCCCACCCUUCAUACUAAGCUCAGGCCCCAAACCAUGGCCGCAUCGUACACGACGCGCUCGUCUUCUCAUCCCCGCUCCAACAAGCUCCUGUUUCGCCAGCUCUUCGAGAAGGAGUCCUCAACCUACACGUACUUGCUUGCCGAUCUGUCUCAUCCUGACAAGCCCGCUCUGUUGAUUGACCCAGUUGAUAAGAUGGUGGAGAGAGACCUCUCCCUUGUAAAAGAGCUUGGACUGAAACUGAUUUAUGCCAUGAACACCCAUGUCCAUGCUGACCAUGUAACUGGUAGUGGUCUUAUUAAGAACAAGAUUCCUGGAGUGAAAUCUAUCAUUUCAAAAGCUAGCAACUCACAGGCUGAUCUUCUGAUCAAAGCUGGUGAUAAAAUCUGUUUUGGUGAUCUAUUUUUGGAGGUUCGUGCUACUCCUGGCCAUACAUUAGGAUGUGUUACUUAUGUUACAGGAGAUGGUCCUGAUCAACCUCAACCGAGAAUGGCUUUCACUGGGGAUGCCUUACUGAUACGUGGAUGUGGAAGAACUGAUUUUCAGGGUGGUAGUUCGCUUCAACUCUACAAGUCAGUGCAUUCACAGAUUUUCACAUUGCCUAAGGAUACACUGCUCUUUCCUGCCCAUGAUUACAAAGGAUUUACGGUUAGUACUGUGGAGGAGGAGAUGCUUUAUAAUCCUAGGCUUACAAAAGAGGAGGAAGCAUUUAAGAAUAUUAUGGAAAAUCUUAAACUCCCAUACCCGAAAAUGAUAGACAUCGCUGUCCCUGCAAAUAUGGUGUGUGGGUUGCAAGAUGUCUCUGCAAAGCCUGUUGAAGCAACAUCAAACUAGAUACAGACAGAUGAUUUUGGAUAUUUCAGCUGAGGAUCAGAUUAUGAAGCAUUGGGUGAGAUGAUUUAAGAAUGGUGGUUAAGCUUAGAGAGUUUCUAUAUGUGUAUUGACGAAGUUUAUUAAGAAAUUUUAUUGUGUUAUGAUGACUUCGCAUUUUGGAAAAUUAAUUAUAUUGAGCAAAUUAGUUUGAAUCA